UCUUCCGCUAUAAGCCAACCAGAGAGCGACAGUAGCACAUGCGUACUUCAUUUUGUAUAUGGUCGGAUAGAGUGAGCGAGCUGCGUUGUUGCCGUCGCUGUAUUCCUGUCUCUCUUGUGCGGAAGAGAGUUCGGCCGGCAAGAUGGAGAGUGUGUUAUAUAGACAACUGCCCCAGCAGACAGCGACGCUUUUGAACAUCCAGCCUCAAGGAGCGAAGGAAGCGGAGGCCUUUGUGAAAGCGUUUCUGAAGCGCAGCAUGCCCCAGAAGAGUGAUGAAGCCAUCCAAGAUCACUUAACCCGAAAAGCUGUCAUCCUCAAGCACCUUCACAAGAGGAGAAAAAGGCAGAAGAAGAGAAAGGGGAAAGGGCUUUCUGCCAAGCAGAGGCGAGAGAUGAAGCUCUUUGAGAUUAAACCAGAACACCAGAGGUAUGAGAUCUUUGUACCGUUACAUGAGCUGUGGAAGCAAUACAUCAGGGAUCUCUGCAAUGGACUCAGGCCAGAGGCGCAACCGCAGAUGAUUCAGACCAAAUUGCUAAAAGCUGAUCUUCAUGGAGCUCUUGUUACAGUGACAAAAUCCAAAUGUCCUUCCUAUGUUGGUAUCACGGGCAUCAUCCUGCAGGAAAUGAAACACGUUUUCAAAAUUAUCACAAAAGAAGACAAACUGAAAGUCAUUCCAAAGCUUAACAAUGUCUUCAGCCUGGAGAUUGACGGCUUUGUAUCCUAUAUCUACGGUAGCAAGAUCCAGUUCCGAGCCAGCGAGCGUUCUGCAAAGAAGUUCAAAGGAAGAGGAACAGUUGAUCUGUAACUUUUUUCCCCCCUGGAAAUUCAGAACCUGAUGUUUCCAAGGAGUGGAGAGUUUUCAUAGCUGUUCAUGCAACCUGAGAAUCUGAAGAACUAUCCUUGUUUUAAAUCGGGUUUGAGAGAAAUGUUUCCCUCUUCACAUUAUUGAAUGCUUCUUAACCUUAAUGAAUGCUUCUGCAGUUUUCCAAACGCCCAUUUUGAUAUUUUGUACAUUAUUUUUUAUCAAUGUUGUUAAGCUCAUUUGUUAAAUAAAAUCAUUUCCAGCUA